AUAUCUUCUUUUAUUAGCCAUCCAUUAUGGUCAUUGCUCCCAUACUCAUCUCCUAACAAAGGUUAUUAGCACAGCGAUAAAUCUAACCCCUCCCUGCAUCUCCUGCCAUUCAGAUGCCACAUUUUUAAAGAGCAAAUGAUGAACUUGUGCUACUGCAUAAUGUGAUAAGGCAUACUACAAGCAGCUGAUGGUAAUGUUUGUCUUCAAGGCCAUUUCUAGAGCACUUUUCUUGUUUCUCUGCUGAAAAAAAAUCAAACCAGACUGAAUGCGGAGUCCAUCUAGGUAGAUGUAAUUAAUGAACUAUGUCAUUCUCAUACCAGAAUUGGGAUAGACAGACAUUGACUGUUAUUAUUGUAAUAUUCAGGCUCUUCGGGGUCAGUGUAAGGACCGUGCUGCCCUCGGAGUCCCUGGCACUGUUGCCAUAUCCCCAGGAACCCCCACUGCCUCCAGCACUUCUCCCCCAUGAGUAACCGGCUCUCCCACCACCCUGCAGCCAGGAAGGUUUAUCAAUAAAUCCAGAUUUUCUGCAUGGUAGAACAGAUCACUGAGGGCACAGCACUAAGCUGGCAGGGUGGGCUAGUUUAUAAUGACUCAAACUGCUGAAAUGUGAGAGGAUGCCGAGGCUAAACACCCUUAGAAAAUUUCAGAUGGUGCCUAACGGGUAAAAAGGAAAGGAUUGUUUGUCGUGGCUCUCAUUUCUUCUUCUCAAUUAGCACAGCAGCGAGGCUAGUUUAGCUAUAGAAGUUCAUUCAAGUAGAGCAGCUGAUUGCUGCACAUCAUUGUCCUUCCUUUCCUCAGAGCAUGGUAGAUCCCACACCCCGACACAAAACGAGGGCACCGUAACACUUGCAGUAUUUUAUCACCACCGCAGGGUGGUGGUGAAGACCCUAGUGAAAAUUAUUCCUUGCUCAGCUGUGCUAAGGUUAUGCUAUUUGAUACGGAGAUCACACAUGUUGUACCUCUGCAUUGUGGGAACCCCCUCAGACCCAAUGUUUUGCAGUCGCUCGCACCAACAGGGGUGAAUUAAGGCCACAUCCUAUAACACAUUAACUCCUGUUAUUAUUAGUUUUAUCCUUCACUGUUCACAAUCUCCAUUUAAGGAGUUGAUGAUACGCUCAGCUGCUUUACUUCCACCAGUCCUUAGAGAGCAGCAGUUUCAAGAAGACACAGCACAUAUUUGGAGCUUGCAUUCCUUUACCUGAUGCUUUUAUACUCUGGUUUAACAUGCCCAAGAACACUACAAGUACAAAGAGAAUGAGCCACAAUCAGAUAACCUAUCUGAUAACCUAAAGAAUGAAAAACUGGAUUAUACUGCUGGCUAUUGCAGUCAGCACAGCAGAAACACAAAAAGAGGAUCUCUGUACCCAAGGGUAUCCUGGCAUUCCUGGCAAUCCUGGGCACAAUGGUAUACCUGGUCGUGAUGGACGUGAUGGUUCAAAAGGCAACAAGGGAGACACAGGUGAAGCAGGACUUCCUGGUCGUCCAGGAAAAGAUGGUGUAAAUGGACAGAAAGGAGAACAAGGAGCCAAUGGGACUGUUGAAGAAAAGGGGAACAAAGGAGAUAAAGGAGAAAGAGGACAUCCUGGGAAAUUUGGGCCAAAAGGAAUUAUGGGGUCAGUGGGUUACAAAGGUCAGAAGGGAGAGCUGGGACUACAAGGACAAAAGGGGUUAAAAGGAGACAUUGGGCCCAUAGGUCCAAAAGGGACAAAGGGUGAAAUUGGCCAUCCUGGAAGAGUUGGUUUCCCAGGGCCAAUUGGCCCAACUGGUAAUCCAGGUCCUAAAGGUAAUACUGGAGAUCUGGGGCCACCAGGUCAUCCAGGAAUUCAGGGAGAAAGAGGCUUGAAAGGAGACAGAGGAGAUAAGGGGAACAUAGGUGCCCCAGGAGUCCAGCCAAGGAGUGCUUUCAGUGUUGGCCUUACAGUUGCCACCAAAUUUCCCCCUCCAAAUCGCCCUAUCAAGUUUGACAAGGUGCUUUAUAAUGGUCUGAAUGACUACAACCCAGCUACUGGCAAAUUCACCUGCAAAUACCCCGGUGUUUACUAUUUCACCUACCACAUCACGGUCUACUCAAGGAAUGUCCGAGUAGCUCUAGUUAAAAAUGGCAUCAAGAUGCUGCACACAGAGGAUCGGUACCAGAGUGGAGAGGACCAGGCUUCGGGAGCCACCAUCCUUGAGCUACAGGGAGGAGAUGAGGUGUGGCUGCAGGCUCACCAAGGAGAGAAUUUCAACGGGCUGUAUGCAGACGCUGAUGAUGAUACCACCUUCACUGGGUUCCUCCUUUUCAGCAACUCUGGCCCACCAGACCUGCUGCCAUUGCCCACUGUGUAACUCCAUAUUAUCCAUGGGUGCUCUAUGUAUUUGUCCAUUGGUCUUCCUUAAUAAAGUUGUCACCUGAUGGCCAACUUCUGCU